UUUUGCCGAACUCCCGCGCUCUUCCCCAUACGCCGACGCUCUGCAACAACACAACAACACCUCAAGCGGCAUGUGAGCUGAACAGACGUCCAACCACAUUUUUGCUGCCCGCCCAGUUCCCGGCCAACCAUGGCAACGAACCGCCUGACCUUCCUGUAUCCGCACCUCUUCCGCACGGGCGGGCGCUGCUGGACCGAGCCCGCAGCAUCAUCGCACGCUGCCGCCCGCCGGCCUCGUCGCAAUCCCAAUCCCUCGCCGCGGCCACCGGCGUCGUGCCAACAUGCUGCGCCAUUCACGACGCCCUCGGCAGGGAGGCAGGCUGCGUUCGCCAAGCGGGCCGGGAAAGCCAUCGAGCCGCUUCCCUUGGACCCGCCCAAGCCGCCGCCGCCCAAGAGCGAGGCAGAGAAACGAGAAGGGCAAGAAACGGGAAGAGGUACCACGACAGCACCGCAUUAUUCCUCUCCAUCCUCCUCCUCAUCUUCGUCGUCGUCAUCGCCCGCCCCAUCUGGCGACGCAAGCAAGCAAUCAACUUCCUCCCCCAAGUCGAACCUUCCCCCGACCAUCGAGCUGCCCCCGCCAGCAGACAUCGAUCCCGUCACUCAGGCCAAGAAGGGCAGCCCCAUAGACGAGAUCCUGCACAUGGGACCGCCACCAGACUCCCUCCCUUCCGCGCCCCCGGGGGCCCCGGGGGCUCUUGCUUCGGAGAAGAAGCCGAGUGAGCCGGCCAGCAAGCCCCUCGCCGAGAGCACCGAGCCGGAAACGGGCGCCAAGCCGCCGCAGCUCGUGCCGACCCCGUAUAUCCACCACUUCGACUCGUACACGCUCGUCAAGCAGCUCACCGCCGGCGGCUACACCCUGCCGCAGGCCAUCAUCUCGAUGAAGGCCAUCCGCACCAUCCUCGCCCACAACCUCGACAUGGCCCAGUCCGGGCUCGUGUCCAAGGCGGACGUGGAGAACGAGACGUACCUGUUCCGCGCCGCCUGCAGCGAGCUGAGCGCCGAGGUGCGCAACAACCGCCGCGUCGCCGACGAGCAGCUGCGCCAGCAGCGCACCAUGCUCCAGCACGAGGUCGACAUACUCGCCCAGCGCCUCAACCAGGAGCUGCUGACCCUCAACGACAACGUUCGUGGCAUGUUCAACGACAGGCGCAUGGCCGUCAGGGAGGAGCAGAAGGCCGUCGAGAGCAGGAUACAACAAAUCAACUACAAGAUAAGCGUGGCCCUCAACAGCGAGGCAAAGUCCAACAUCGAGGCCCUGCGGUGGGUGCUGAUCCGCCGCUCGGUGCUCGGCAUCAUCUUCAUGGCCGUCCUCACCCUGGGCACGAUCCGGUACGCCACCUACAUGCGGCACAAGCGCCAGAAGGAGGCCGAGCAGCGGGCCAAGGAGGCCGAGGAACUGAGGAAGCACCUUGGGCGGGUGGACAACUCCACCGGGCCCGACGCGGCCGAGAUGCUGGCGGCGAGUUGAUCAAUUCAUUCUUUACUUUUUUUCUAUUAUCCUUUACCUUUCUUUUCUUGUUUUUCCGCACACCGCGAUUCAACAUCAUCAUCAUCAUCAUCAGACACCAGAUACCACUCAUAGACCACUGUUUUGCAUAGCGCUG